AUGGGGGGCGAGGGGGCGGGCCGCGGCGCCGCGCGCUGGCAAGUGGGCGACUCGCCCCCGCGCGCGCCCAUGGGCUAUGCGGCGCCCGCGCAGGAUGCGCCUCUCGACCGCGGCCUCGCGCCGGCGCCGGCGCCCGCGCAGCCUGCCACGGCCGCAGCGCUGCAAAGAGCACACUCCAGGUCGAUGUCAUCUUUACCUCCCGAGCCGUUUAUGAUGCUCCGGGCGAAGGCUCUCAGUAAGCGGGUGAUCAUUAACGUGGGUGGUGUCCGUCAUGAAGUGUUGUGGCGAACCCUCGAGCGUCUCCCUCACACACGUCUCGGAAGACUUCGAGACUGCAACACGCACGAGGCCAUAACAGAACUCUGCGAUGAUUACUCCUUGCAGGAUAAUGAGUACUUCUUUGACAGACAUCCGAAGAGUUUUAGUUCAAUUCUAAACUUUUACCGAACUGGCAAGUUACAUUUAGUGGAUGAGAUGUGCGUGUUGGCGUUUAGUGAUGACCUUGAGUAUUGGGGCGUGGAUGAACUGUACCUGGAGUCGUGCUGUCAACACAAGUACCACCAGCGGAAGGAACAUGUUCACGAAGAGAUGCGAAAAGAAGCUGAAAGCUUGCGACAGAGAGAAGAAGAGGAAUUCGGACAGGGAACUUGUGCCCAGUACCAGAAGUGGCUGUGGGACCUACUUGAAAAACCUACAACGAGUAUCGCUGCUCGGGUGAUCGCUGUUAUUUCGAUCCUCUUCAUCGUGCUGUCCACAAUAGGGCUCACUCUGAACACCAUUCCUCAAAUGCAAAUGUACGACGAGAAGGGCACGCCCAUGGACAACCCGCAGCUGGCCAUGGUCGAGGCGGUCUGCAUCACGUGGUUUACCCUCGAGUACGUGUUGCGGUUUAGUGCCUCGCCGGAUAAAUGGAAAUUCUUCAAAGGUGGACUGAACGUAAUCGAUUUGUUGGCUAUCCUGCCAUAUUUCGUGUCUCUUUUUCUACUCGAAACCAAUAAGAACGCGACAGAUCAAUUUCAAGACGUGCGUCGUGUUGUACAAAUCUUUCGUAUCAUGCGAAUAUUGCGUAUCCUAAAACUAGCCCGACACUCCACCGGGCUGCAAUCGCUCGGCUUUACUCUCAGGAAUUCUUACAAAGAACUUGGACUGCUCAUGUUGUUCCUUGCGAUGGGAGUGCUUAUAUUUUCUUCACUGGCAUACUUUGCCGAAAAGGAAGAACCGGGAACUAAAUUUAUUUCCAUUCCGGAAACGUUCUGGUGGGCCGGCAUCACCAUGACCACAGUCGGAUACGGUGACAUUUACCCCACGACCCCGUUGGGCAAGGUCAUCGGCUCAGUUUGCUGUAUUUGCGGCGUGUUGGUAAUUGCGUUACCCAUUCCCAUUAUCGUCAACAAUUUCGCCGAGUUUUACAAGAAUCAGAUGCGGCGUGAGAAAGCUCUCAAGCGACGCGAGGCCCUCGAGCGGGCCAAGCGCGAGGGCUCCAUAGUCUCCUUCCACCACAUUAACUUGCGUGACGCCUUCGCCAAGAGCAUGGACCUCAUAGACGUCAUAGUAGACACAGGACAUAACCUGUCACAAGCGGACGCCACUAGCCUGGAAGGCGAAGCGCCGGCCACCACAGGUUGUUACAAGCAAUACGAACAUGCAAUGGCCAAUAAGAUAGCGCAGGCGACUGAUCCUAAUCAGUUUCAGACCAGUCCUAAUAAGGACCUUCGCUAUUCAACAGAGGGCUUGGGCACGCCGGAGAAACGCUUGCUUAUUAACCCAGAACCGACUCCAGAAAAGAAGAUGGCUGAAAAACAGCUUGACUUGGAUCAGCUGCCUUCUGAGUUUGAAUGUUGUUUUUGCACGUUCAAGGGUUACAAAGAGUUCAUAGACGCCGAGCAACUGAUGCCCAUGGCCACGUCGGAUCUUCGACAACCUGUGUGCGUGGAGCUGGCCUGCUUACAACGCCACCCGGCGCCUCGUGCCCUACCAGAAGCGACGCCCAACAGCCUUGACAGUCCUGAUACAUUUGCAUCAUGCCUUACGCACCCUUUUCCUUCAGAGGGCGACAUCACGGGUGAGAACGACUCCUCAAACUUGUAUGUGAAUCCUUUGGAUGGUAGCGGUGGUGGCGGGGGCGGGGGCGGGGCAGGGGCGGGGGGAGGGGUAUCUGCUGAGUUUAACGGUGUGCGCAAGAGCGCUUCAGGGGAUGGGAGCGUAUUGUGUGCGAAAGGUUCUCAGGGCGAAGUCUCGCCGCGCGGCUCGCGUGGCAGUCUGUCGGGUGUGGGAUGUGGUGAGGCGUUAGUAGAGGCUUCCCUGUCGACACAAGCACAGGCGGACGACUCGCCCGCCGCCACCGACGACGCCAAGCCUAAACACAGAAAAGCGCGCUUCCAACAGGAAUGGUCCGAGGAGGAAAAGAGGCCGCCGAGAGGGAUAGCGACGAGAAUUAUCAAUCAUCACAUUCUAUUUGGUAAAAACGGUAACAAGCGUGGAGGUGGCGGCUGGCCUCUAGAGAGUGACUCAAGAUCCAGAUCUAUUCUCAAGAAUAAAGAGGCUCGCGGCACCGACAGCGAACUGCUCCUGCAAGAGACUACCUCUCUUGGUGCCAAUGGCGACUCGGGCAGCGAGUCCUCACCCAUUCGCCUCAAAGACUUCAAGGGCCAAAAUCACAAAGGCGGUGCAUCGGACCGAAGCAACCUCGUGUCGUAA